CCGGCCAUGGCUAGUUCUGCCUAGCUCUGCUAUAUAACACGGCUCUCGCGCCAUGGCCAGCCAGACCACAAGAAGCAAUUAGCCUUAACAUUCAUUCAGUGAGCUCGAUCAGAACCCGGUCAUGGCGUCCAAGGUUGAGCUGGUGGUGGAGGUGAAGUCGCCGGCGGACAAGCUGUGGACGGCGCUGCGCGGCUCGACGGAGCUGUUCCCCAAGAUCUUCCCCGAGCAGUACAAGAGCAUCGAGACCGUGGAGGGCGACGGCAAGUCCGCCGGCACCGUCCGCCUCCUCAAGUACGCCGAAGGGGUGCCGAUGGUGACGUUCGCGAAGGAGAAGGUGGAGGUGGCGGACGACGAGAAGAAGGUGGUGUCGUACAGCGUGGUGGACGGCGAGCUGGUGAGCUUCUACAAGAACUUCAGGGUGACGCUGCAGGUGACCCCCAAGGGCGGCGACGGCUCCGGCGCGGUGGUGAGCUGGGCGAUGGACUUCGACAAGACCAGCGAGCAGGUGCCCGACCCGGACGUCAUCAAGGAGACCGCGGCCAAGACGUUCCACGACCUCGACGACUACCUACUCAAGAACUAGCCAGCCAGCCACCAGCCAGCCGCCAUGCAUGGAUGGAUUGCGCUCGAUCGGUAGCACGAGGUGAUCGAUCGAUCGGUGCAAGUCUCGCAUGCAGGGCUAUGUGUCAAGAGUCCACUAGCGUCUUCGCCGUCAGUCGUCGUAGUGUUGUGGUGCUGCAUCGAUAGCUCUGAUCAGAAUGGUGCGCAUUGGUGCAUGAGUGAAUAAGAAAUGUGUCCGGUUUUACUGUCUA